GUGGUAAGAAGAAACCAUUGACUGUGAACAGUGUUGAGUCGUACCAUGCUGGUAAAAGUUCCUCUGAGCGGCGACGCAUACAGAAUCAGUUCAUGUCUGGACAACUUCGUAUUGUUGCAGCCACAGUAGCGUUUGGUAUGGGAUUGGAUAAGUCCGAUGUCAGAGCUAUCAUUCAUUUUAAUCUGCCAAAAACGUUUGAGAGUUACGUGCAAGAAAUUGGCAGAGCGGGAAGAGAUGGGGAACCAGCACAGUGCCACUUGUUUCUGGAUCCAGAGGGUCAUGAUCAACGUGAACUGAGAAGAUUCAUCUAUGGUAACAGUGUCGAAAGAAACACUGUGAAGAAGCUGGUGAGGAAAGUAUUUCAGAAGUGUAAAUGUCGGCAGAUAUAUCAACGACAGCAG